AUGUAUACGGCAGUUCUCUCGCCCGAAGACCGUGAAGUUCUGGCCUACCUUAUAUCAACCGCCUCUUACUCCGGUGACCGAAACCCUACCUCUCGCCUCAAUAAAACCAAACCUCACAAGAAAUCUCAUUUCGACAAUCACUCGCCUCUCUUCCACUGCGACUGUUUCAGCUGCUACACGAGUUACUGGGUCAGAUGGGACUCGUCGCCAAGUCGCCAGCAGAUUCAUGAAAUCAUAGACGCUUUCGAAGACAGCUUGGAGAAGAAGAAGCAGACGAGUAAGAAGAAGAACACAAGUGGAAAGAAAGAUCGGAGAAAGCGUUCAGGAAAAUCUUCAGCUCUCGCUAGUUCUAGCUUUGGUACGGAUGAUUCCGAGAUUCCGAGUCCACUCGGUGAGUCAAUUGCGAGUCCGUGUCCGUGUACGAGUUCGAGCGAGUUGGUUGAUGGUAGUGGUGGCUGCCACGGCGGCUUGGAAUCGACGGAAGAGUUUCGUACUGGAGAUGUUGGUGAAGAGGUGGAGGACGAGGAGGAGGAGGAGAAGGGGUCUGUCAGGAGAUUUGUGAGUUUCAUUGGUGAGAAAGUUUUUGGUGUUUGGGGAUAA